CUAUAUAUGUGACAAGUGGAGUCUUCAAAGGGCUGGGCAGACCACACCGACAAGGCACAACCAGCCCAGCUACCAUGGGGAAGAUCAUCUUCUACGAAGACAAGAACUAUGGUGGCCGUCACUUUGAGUGCAGUGGUGACUGCACAGACAUGCUUGGCCUUCUCAGCCGGUGUAACUCCAUCAAGGUGACAUGUGGAUGCUUCAUGAUCUUUGAGAAGCCCAACUACACCGGCCACCAGUACUACCUGUGUCGAGGAGAGUAUCCUGACUACCAUCGUUGGAUGGGCAUCAAUGACAACAUCAACUCGUGCCACAUCAUCUCCUUGGUGCCUGGAUCCUACAACAUACGUCUCUUUGAGAGAAUAGAGUAUGGUGGGCAGAUAAUGGAUCUGGUGGACGACUGUCCCAGCGUCAUGGAUCGUUUCCACAUCAAUGACAUUUUCUCUUGCAAUGUGAAAGGAGGAAACUGGCUGUUCUACGAGCACCCAAACUACAGGGGAAGGAUGUACCUUAUAAAGCCUGGGCAUUACAGGAGAUUCAGCGAAUGGGGCGGCAGGAGUGCCAGAGUGGGUUCCAUUCGACGAAUCAUGGACUACUAAAC